GCAGCUAGGCCCUGCACUAGAACGUUGGGAUUGCACAUCGACGUCAACAUGGCGGCUUUCCCUGACGAAGAUUUGAGACUUGAAUUGUGGCGGAAAAGUUUGAAUGCUCACCCAGUUUUUGAGAGCUUAAGAAGUUAUGACAAACAUGAGCCUCAGAGAACAGAACCAGAGAAUCUGUUGGUGGUUCAGGAGGGCCAGUUGUUCGCUUGGGACAGUGGCGAAAGUCGACUUUUAACCAUGAAUUUGAAAGACUUGCUUGAUUAUAUUCAUGCAGACGACGUCCACUCGUGCAACAGAAGACUUCAGGAAGUCCAGGCUUUUCAGAAGCUCCUGUGCACCAAUACACCAAGGUUUGAUAUUGAACAUAUUGAGCUGAGUACAACGGGUCGUCAUGUUUUGCUAUGGGGUACCAAAGGUGCAUCGGUGAUGACUCUACCACGACGUCAUGGACAAUUUGGACAGUUUGAGGGUGGAAAGGAACAAAUCAACUGCAGGACGGUGAUCUUGGCAGAGAGAUUUUUCAUGUCAAGUGGGACUCUGCGUUUGCUUCAAGCUGCCUGGUAUCCAGGAAGUGAUUCAGACAUUCAUGUGGUACUUCUUACCUCUGACAAUACAUUAAGGGUCUACGACGUCACUUCACCCCACAAGCCAAUCCAGUGUCACCGACUAGGGGAAUAUUCCACCAGUUACUCACUGUCAGCCAACAGGUCAACAUUUGAAGUGGCCUUAGGGGACAUAGCUGUGGCAUUUGACUUUGGACCAGUAAUGGAAGAACCAACAAAAAUUGAAAGAAGAUCUAAUGCUCCACCUCCACUCCUUUACCCAGUCUACAUCUUGAAAGGCAAUGGAGAUGUAUUUCUUCUCAAGACAAGUUUAUCUGAACCAAGGUACAGAUAUGUCCAUACCAAUCUACAAGGACCUCUGACUAUGCAUCCACCUGCUGAAGAUAACUAUGGCCUGGAUGCUUGUAGUAUACUUUGUCUUCAUACUAGCCCCAUUGUACUAGUGGUUGCAACUUCUGGUGGUAUACUACAUCAUUGUAUUGUACUGACAGGGGAUGAUGAAGAUGACAAUGAUAAUCAUUCUGUAACCUCGGCCUCCAUUUCGGAUAUUGGUAGUGUGCGAGGCAAGUCAGAUUUUGCUUUGUACGUGUAUGAGAGUGUGGAGUUAUCGCUUACCGUAUUAUCGAAAGAUUAUCCAGAGGAUACUGCCUACCCAAUUCUCCUGCACAAAGAUCCCUCAUCCCCAUGCCAAUAUUACUGUUCCCACAGUGCAGGUGUGCAUUGUGUAACCUUGUCCUGGCUACAGAAACUCACACAUUACUGCUCAUCUGAAUAUGAAGGGAAUGAAGAAGGUUCAGUCAUGGAUGUUGUCAAUCAAGAUGAGUCAUGCACAGUAGCACAUAUGAUAUGUACCAAGCCUUCAGAAUCAUGUCCACCUGCACCCAUUCUUGGUUUGACUGUGGUAGCUGAUCACCUACUGGGUCAAGCUUUGCUGUGUCGUACAUCCACCAAUGAUUGCAUUGUUACUCCGCUCAAAAAUGAUGAGAUGCCGCCACCACCACCCCUUCUGUCUGAGGAAGAUACUCAUGAGAGUGAGUCAUCACUCAAACAACUCAGUUCAGAACCAUUUCAGAAUCGAAUCAGGAAAAUUCUACUGAGAAAUGUUUCCAACCCCAUACUCAAGGGCAGUUCCAAGACAAGUUUAAGUCCUGAGGAGAGUUUUGACUUGGUGUGUAGUGCCACUAAGGUGUUGCGAGAGGAGUAUAUCAGUAAGCAGGACCUGGCAAGAGAUGACAUAGAGAAACGUGUGAAGAUCCUCCAGCAACAGAAGGAGCUACAGAAAACUGAUCUUCAAGACUGUAACAGACUGAAAGAAGAAAUACACAAUCAAGCUCAACAGAUUGCAUUCAGACACGAUGAUGCACUAGAAAAGCAGCAAGACCUUCUUGAAAGGGUUGGGGCUGCACUGCAUGCCUUGCAAGGUCAACUACCAGUGUUGUCUGAGGCUGAGCAAAACCUGCAAAAAGAAAUGACUGACAUGGAGCAGAAGGUGGAACAACUCAAAGAUUCAUUGAAAAAGGUUAAACUCAAAGACGAGUAUCGAAGGAAGAAGAUGCAGGAGCUAGACAAGAAGGAACAGAGUCCCUCCCUAAGCCAAGGACAGAAUAGACACCUCAAGACACUCCUCAAAGAAGAGAGUGAUACUAUUGCUUCAUUAGUCAAAGAAAUCAAGAAUCUUACCGUCGCAGUAGGACACUGAAUGGCUGUUUAUUUACCAACUAUAUUGGUUUCUUUGAUCAUUGUUUGUCUUAGAAAAAUGUGCUGUAAAAUUCAAGAAGUAUUUUGUGUGGGGUUUUAUCUUCUAGAAGUGCACACAAAACAGUGAGUACACUGUUUGUGGUAGAUUUAACAAAGAAAAGAAAGAAAUGAAGGUUAUUGACUAUUCACUGCACUUGUAAGGAGAUGCAGGUAUCAUAAUCAGUUUGGGAGAAUUUAGGGACUCAUUUACCGAAAGACAUGCAGGUGUCAUAAUCAGUUUGGGAGAAUUUAGGGACUGUCACUCAUUUACCUUAGGAUUUACAGGUAUCAUAAUCAGUUUGGUAGGAUUUAGGUACCCAUGUACUUAAGGAGUUAUGGGUAUUAUCAGUUUGGGAGAAUUUAGGGACUCAUUUGGGUCAUUCCAUGAGGUUGAAGCCUUAUUUGUGAUGGCGUCCAUUGAUACGUGGGUUCCGUAAAAAUGAACAGCUAUUUUCCUUAUGUGUGGAUUCCAUUGACAUUGUUGCACAUCUUGCAAGGCAGAGGUGUUGUUUUUACAGAGUAAAUGACCUAAUCUACAGGUCAUGAAAGGUGGUAAAAGUUGCCCAUGUAACAAGGACACCGUCACAAAAUUGUACUCCAACCUCCUAGAAUGAACCAUUUGCAUGUGGCAUUUGCAACUUUCAAGUUUCUAUUUAAUUUUAGCUCAUCUGUUGAGUAAAUCAAUCCUAAAAAAGGUUUUUAUUAGACCUUAUGCUGGGCAAGAGGGGGGGUUGUUCUAUGAGCAGUCUUGUAACUUGGUGCUCUUUCUCGGUAAAUGUGUGGUGUCAGUGCAGUCUGAUAGAGGAUUUUUGUUGCAAUCGUUUCAUUUCAGUGAGCACAUGCGAUAUCUAUGGGAGUAAUAAUUUUUAGCCAAUACAUCUUUGGAAAGCAUGCAUUUACAAAAACAAUGUACCUGAUUUUCAUGAAUUGAUGCCAUUGUUACUGCAGGACUUGGAAAACCUGAAGGCUGUAUACACAAAAUUUUACAAUGAGCUGCUAUCAAGAAAAAUGUUUAUAAGGGGGCAGACAACCCCCACCCACCCAAAAACAAGAAAUUGAGAAAAAAGUAAAGGCAUUUGAUGCAGGAAUACUUGUGUUCCCUUUUGAAGGAGAGGAAAAGGCUUUGGAAAUAAAGAUUAUUGGAAAUGUA